CGGAGCGGGGCGGGCUGAACCCGGGACCGGCCCAUACCUCGCUGUCAGCUGCGCCGCAAGGCUCGGAGCGGUUCGGCUGGGUUCGGUUCCGCUCCGGGCUGAGGUUGGGAGAUUGGGCUGGGGGCGGUCGGGUUGGGCUUGGUAGAGGUUGGGGCUGGGCUAGGCUCGGAGAGGCUCGGCUGGGUUCGGAGCGGUUCGGAGAGGUUCGGUCGGGCUGGGUUCUGUUUGGAGAUGGCGGUUCCGGAGCCGGACGUGAGACUGGCGCAGGAGAAGGAAGAGGAAAGCGAGGAGGAAAGCGAGAUCCUGGAGGAGAGCCCCUGCGGGCGCUGGCAGAAGCGCCGAGAGCAGGUGAACCAGGGGAACAUGCCAGGCAUCCAGAGCACCUUCCUUGCCAUGGACACGGAGGAGGGGGUGGAGGUGGUGUGGAACGAGCUGCUCUUCACUGACAAGAAAGCCUUCAAAGCACACGAGGAGAAGAUCAAGACCAUGUUUGAGCAGCUGGUGCUUGUGGAUCACCCCAACAUUGUCAAGCUCCACAAAUACUGGCUGGAUGUCAAAGACUUGAAGGUCAUCUUCAUCACCGAGUACGUGUCCUCAGGGAGCCUGAAACAGUUCCUGAAGAAGACAAAGAAAAACCACAAAGCCAUGAAUGCCAGGGCAUGGAAGCGCUGGUGCACCCAGAUCCUCUCUGCCCUCAGCUUCCUGCACUCCUGUGACCCCCCCAUCAUCCACGGCAACCUCACCAGUGACACCAUCUUCAUCCAGCACAACGGGCUCAUCAAGAUCGGCUCAGUGUGGCACAGGGUGUUUGCAAAUGCCAUCCCCGAUGACCUCCGGAGCCCCAUCCGCAUCGAGAGGGAAGAGAUCCGGAACCUCCACUUCUUUCCCCCGGAGUACGGACAAAAAGCUGAUGAGACUGCUGUGGACAUCUUCUCCUUUGGGAUGUGUGCACUGGAGAUGGCUGUGCUGGAGAUCCAGACCAACGGGGACACUCGGGUCUCAGAGGAGGCAAUCAUGAGGGCUCGACAUUCCCUGGAUGAUCCCAACAUGCGGGAGUUCAUCCUCUCCUGCCUGACCCUCAACCCGGAGAAGAGACCCACAGCCAACAACCUGCUCUUCCACCGGGUGCUCUUUGAGGUCCAUUCCCUGAAGCUGCUGGCAGCACACUGCUUCAUCAACAACCAGUAUCUGAUGCCAGAGAACGUGGUGGAGGAGAAGAUAAAGGAGCUGGACCUGAACAUGGUGAUGGCAGAGAUCAGGAGAGAGGGGCAGCCAGGAGCUCAGUGGAGGUACUCAGAGGUUUCCUUCCUUGAACUGGACAAAUUCUUGGAAGAUGUCAGGAAUGGGAUUUAUCCCUUGAUGAACUUCGCUGUUUCCAGACCCCACACCCUCCCCCGUGCACUCUCCCAGCCCCCAGAGGACCCUCAGAAAGCCAAAACCCCCACCCCAGAGCCCUUUGAUGUGGAGACCAGGAAGGUGGUGCAGAUGCAAUGCAACAUGGAGCUGAACGAGGACAAGACCCAGUGGCAUCUUACUCUUCUGCUGAUCCUGGAGGACAAGCUGCAUCGCCAGCUCAGCUACGACUUGCUGCCCACUGAUAACUCCAAGGACUUGGCCAUGGAGCUGGUGCACUAUGGAUUCAUCCAUGAGGAUGACUGUGAGAAGCUGGCCAAUUUCCUGGAAAAUGCCUUCCACAAGUACCGCUCUCCUCCCUUGUGAGUGCCCAGGCUGGAGCUGGGGACAGUGCUGUCCCCCUGUUCCCCAGGGAAUGGGACGUGCACCAGACCAGAACCAGAACCACCCGAGCGGCUCCUGACCGAACUUCCCCCCGUGGGACCCAACGGGCCACUCGCUCCUGACUGAACCUCUGCAGUCCUGGGGAGGUGGAUGUGGUCUGGAAAGGCCACAGGAGGUGGAGAAGUCAUCAGCAAACACCAGAACCUGCAGAGGCAUCGGGAGAGGUCGGGACCAGAGCAGGAGCUCGUGUCCUGGUCCCUGCUCCUGCAGCAGCAAGCCAAAGGGAUGUGGGAGGCAGGGGAUGCCCCAUCCUGCAGCCCCUUCCCCACGGGGUAAAGCUGCUGCCAGAAUCCCACAAACUGACAAAUUUCCCUCUGGGAACCAAAAGCUUUUCUCACUGCAAGUCCCAACGCUGAUUUUUGGGUUGUUUUUCCCCUUUUUGCUGGCUGGAGGAGAGGAGAAGGCUUGGAAAGCUCUGGCCUGGUGUCCCCCCAGGUGCCGCAUCCCCGUUUUUAUGACCCGUUUCUCCUGGUUUUGGAGGUUUUCCCCAGCACGGCUGAACCACGGCGCUGCCUUGCGGCUCGAAUCGCACAACUCGGUGUGAGCUGAGGAGAGGACUCUGAUCCAGCAGGAGCAGAAAUCCCAGAACAUCCAAACCCCAACGCUGGAUCCCAACGCUGGGGAUCAGCCCAAACCUCCGUGGUGCUCAAGAAAA